AUGGAUCUCAGCGAGCGCGAGGACCAAACCAGCGACCCGGACGAGGAAGACACUGAGUGUCGUAAAGUGUCGAAAAAGAUAGCCAGCGUGACACUCGAGUCGGAUUCUCUGCCAGAAUCGCCACAGACCGCUGAAGAACGAACGGCGAGAAGAAAGAAGAGAAUAAAGCGAAAGGGACAACAAAUGGACGUGGAUCCGACGCCGAAAGCUAAAGCAGAAAGCAAACACAUGGAUUGUGACGGUUUCGAAUCGCAUAUCUCAUCCAGUGAUGAAUCAUAUUCCGAAGAUAAUAAAGGACGUGAAGCCGACGAUGAGCAAAGUGAUUGGGUUGGAGAUACAACGCCCACGCGUAAUCCCUUCGAAUCACCGUUUGAUCGAAAAGUUCAUUUGAGAAAAUCACAGCCAAAUGUUCAUCAAACUUCCAAUAUGCAGAAGAAAAUUGAGAAAAUUUCCAGAUUUGCUCGAGAAGGUGGCCGCGGUGAGCUCAUCCUGGAGACGCGAUUCCGUGAUCGAGCAUCAAGCUCCCUGCUUCAACGAUAUCUGUACAAAUAUCAUCUGGAAGUUGUCCGCCGUCACCGUGGAUCGAUUAUUCUUCGAAAGAAGUUCGAGACGCCGUCCACGUCGAAUUCCCGUUAAUUUUCGUGCUUUUUGGUGUAAAAAUCGGUGAAAAAUCACUGAAAACCCUGUAAAAGUUAUUAAAAAUCCAGAAAAAUGCAUAUUUUUCCCUAAAUUUUGUAUAAAAUACUCGUUUUUCUGAAAAACGUGGUUUUUGCGAUUUUCCGCAGUUUUCUAUGAAAUUCCCAAAGUUUUGCUAAUUUUUUUAUGCAAAAUCCCAGAAUUUUGCGCAUUUUCACCCGAAAAUUUCCAUUUUCCGUGGAAAAAUCCGCAAAAAAGUCAAUUUUCGAUGUUUUCUAUCAAAAAUCUCCAAAUUCCCGCAUUUUCCCCGUUUUUUCCACAUUUCCCUCUAUAUUUUAUCGAUUUUUGUACAUCUUUUCGCUAUAAUAACCCACCGAAUGAUCUUUUUUUUUGUACAUUUUUGUAUAACUAAUGCAACCGCGCUCCACCGCUGUACAUAAUUAAAUUAAAUUAUUUAUUGGUU